AUGCGAUCGAUUGAAUCGGUCGAAAUGAUGACGCAUGAAGAGAAAAAGGAACAACGAGAACGAAUUUGUAUGCAACGUGUCGAACAAUAUCAAAAAUUGGCGUAUGCUCAGAUAAAAGGCGUUCAAGUGGUCGUGGACUUGGCAUUUGUAGCUGAGCAAACAACACGAGAGCGUCAUAGUGUUUUCAAACAGCUUGGAUGUGUGUAUGGAUACUUGAAAACGUGUCCGCUGGACAAACUCUUGUCCCUGCAUCUUACGUCUUGUACCCAUGAACUUGCACCAAUUUGUGCUCAGCGUGGUGUGUUGAGCUGGAAGAUACAAAGGCAUGAGGAACCACUUGAACAGCUCUAUGACACCCUUGAUCUUGUCUACUUAUCACCAGACUCGGAAAAUGUCCUCACGCAACUUGAUCCAGCCUGCAUUUAUGUCGUAGGUGGCAUUGUUGAUCGCUCCGUGCGCAAGGGAGAAACAAUGGCAAAAGCAGCUUCACAUGGCAUUCAAACUGCACGCUUACCACUUCAAGAGUAUUAUCAACAGUCGGGAGUACGCGUUCGAACUCAUGUCAUGAAUAUAGAUUCUGUCAUCAUUGCGCUGAAUGAAAUGGCAAAUCAUGGAGAUUGGGUACGUGCAUUCAAGCGAGCAGUUCCCCCACGUAUUAUUCGCAGUAAGCGAUGGCAGACAAAGUAG